AUGCCCGUGCGUGACGGGGUGGUUAGCAAGCAGGCAACGGAUCCCGGGAAGCGAAAAGCAACACUAGGGGAACUCGGGAGGGGGGAGGUGGGAUGCGCGCUCACGGCGCACCGGAUCCGACGAGGCCGGCUGACUGAGCGACGGAGUAUUCCGUCGCCGGAGGAAGGAAAAAUAAAAAAGAGGAGCCAGAAGAGUCAUGAUCCUGCAGUGGAAUCCAGUGCGAGGCUUUUUGGUCGUACGAUGGAUCCGAAAGUCAAUGACUUGGCUGGCUACCCCUAUCAGUGGCUCUGGGAGUCGGAUACUUGCCUAGUUGGGCAAGGUGUGGGCGUGCCUGGCCCUCGGACGGUCGGAAAACGGCACUCCAUCGCCAUUCGGCCUAUCAUUGCUGUGGCUGAGUUGGGUUGGGCCAAUGGCAAUGAUGAUGUGCACGGAUCAUCUGCGGGAGUCAGGUACGAGGGCAAGUACGCUGUGUGUACCUGCAUAUACGGUAUCCAGUCGAUCAGUGUGGUAAGAUGA